AUGCGGCAUGCCACUGCCCCCGCGCCCUCGCACCGGGACGCCCCCGUUCCCGCGCCAGAACGCCCCUCACCCAGCACCACCCCCCCCAUCCCACACGUCUGCUCCUUCCUCCUGGAUAUGAUGACCAUCCGGUUUAGAUUCUCCCAGUUAUCAAGGCCCUACACCCCACUCCAACCCGUGCUGAUCUUUGCCCUUCCAGCUUCCCAGUGCAACAUCAGCUUAAAGAAGCAGAGGAGCCGCAGCAUCCUUAGCUCCUUCUUCUGCUGCUUCCGUGAUUACAAUGUGGAGGUCCCCCCACCCAGCAGCCCCGGUGUGCUUCCGCCACUGGUGGAGGAGAAUGGUGGGCUUCAGAAGGGUGACCAGAGGCAGGUCAUUCCCAUACCAAGUCCACCAGCUAAAUACCUCCUUCCAGAGGUGACGGUGCUUGACUACGGAAAGAAAUGUGUGGUCAUUGAUUUAGAUGAGACGUUGGUGCACAGUUCAUUUAAGCCUAUUAGUAAUGCUGAUUUUAUUGUUCCGGUUGAAAUCGAUGGAACUAUACAUCAGGUAUAUGUGCUGAAGCGGCCUCACGUGGACGAGUUCCUCCAGAGGAUGGGGCAGCUCUUUGAGUGUGUGCUCUUUACUGCCAGCUUGGCCAAGUAUGCAGACCCUGUGGCUGACCUACUAGACCGCUGGGGUGUUUUCCGGGCCCGGCUCUUCAGAGAAUCAUGUGUUUUUCAUCGUGGGAACUACGUGAAGGACCUGAGUCGGCUCGGCCGGGAGCUGAGCAAAGUGAUCAUCGUGGACAAUUCCCCUGCCUCAUACAUCUUCCAUCCUGAGAAUGCAGUGCCUGUGCAGUCCUGGUUUGAUGACAUGACGGACACGGAGCUGCUGGACCUCAUCCCCUUCUUUGAGGGUCUGAGCCGGGAGGACGACGUGUACAGCGUGCUGCACAGACUCUGCAGCAGUCACGAAGCCAGCUGCCAAUCACGUCCUCCCAGCAGCCCUCUGGCCUGUGAACUGCUGUGCAUUCAGAAGGGAAGAGCUUCUCUGCAGACUGACACCCCCCAGGCAAUGGAGGUGCUGGUGUCUGAGUGAUCAUGGAUGUCUGUUGGACGUUUGAAUGUGAGAAACAGUACUUGGGAAAUGCUACAUGUGGAAUGUGCACGUUUCUGGGGCGAAUAUUGUCAAUGAGAAGUUUGCAAUGAUUUCCUUCCUGCCAAAAAUAAACAUGUGAAACUGCA